GUUUGGGCAGUUGAAAAGUUGCCACCGUCGCGACAAGAUGAAGUGCUCCAGGCGAUUGCUGGCCGGUUUGACGCUGCUGCAGGUGAUCCUUGCGUGCGCUGGUUUGGAAUGCUAUGCCUGCGAUUCGGCCGAGGAUGCGGAGUGCGCCACCCGACCCGGCCAACAGCUGGAGGUGGAGGAGUGCAGCCAACCGAGCGACGAGUGCGUCACCUCCAUUGCGGCGGGCGUAACGCGACGCGGCUGCCUCCGACGCCUCUAUCCGAACGGCUACUGUGCCGAGCCCUGCGAUCGCUGCAACACCAGCCUGUGCAAUCGACAUGUCUAUCCCACGGAUCGACUGCGCUGCUAUCAGUGCAGCGGCGCCGACUGCAUCGAUGUCAGCGCACGGCCGGAACUGUUGCUGCCGUGUCCCGUUUACAGUUCGGAGGAUCGCUGCUAUACGAACAUUUUGCAUUUGAGCAACACGCAACGCGGCUGCGAGCACACGAAUCUGCCCGUUGGCUGUCCGCACGUGUGCCUCAAGUGCAACUACAACGGUUGCAAUGCGGAACGCACCGUCACCGAGAGCCGCUGUCUGCAGUGCACCUCGGAUCGGCUGUCGCCGAAUGCGGACUGUCAGCGCGAACAGGUGCCCGCCGAGGCGGACAAGUGUGCGCUGAGCAAUGCGACGGUGACGCAGUGCGUCAACAAGGUGAUGCUGGGCCAUCGGGAACGCUGCUACACGCAUCGCAACAGCCAAACGGAGGUGCUGCAGCGCGGCUGCUCCACCACGAUGGGCUUCUUUCCCACCGGCGAGCUGCAUCAAUGCUAUGGCGACAAUUGCAAUGCCCAGUGCCAGGACAUUGCCUGUGCCACUUGCAACUCGACCAGCGAUCCCAAUUGCCGCACUGGACACGCCCUCAAGAGUGAACCGUGUGCAGCGGGCACCACUGCCUGCUAUUCGUGCGAGCAAGAUACGCUGCUGCGUCGCGGCUGCGCCGAUGCGAAUUUCGUUGCCGGCGCAGGUGAGGCAUGCCAGCUGUGCCGCAGCGGCGAUGGGUGCAACCGUUGGUCGGUGCGCAGUUGCUAUCGGUGCAAUUCGCAGGAGCAGGGCGACGACUGCGCUGCCAUGGAGCAGCCGAUGGGGAUGACAUUGAGCAACUGCAGCAGGCCGGCCGAGCUGUGCGUCAGCACGGUCAUCAGCCGGCUGCAGUUGGUCUACACGGUGCGGGGCUGUGCGGGCGAGGUGCCCGAGUGCAGCGCCAAUGAUCCCUACUGUGUACGCUGCAAUGGCAGUCUGUGCAACAAUGCGCCCACCAAAUGGGCCACGGGCCAGCAGCAGCUGCAGCUGACAGAGAAGGGGGCGGGGGCGGGGGCGGGGGCGGAUUCAGUAAGGGGCGUGCUCGAGCAGCUGUGGCAGAAUCUAUGAGUAAUUAGCAACAACAAAGCAAUUAUUUGAAAGCAUUUAGAUGAAUAAACAAUGAGCGACAAAAAUUUAAGCUCCAACUAAAUAACAUGCCGCCCAACCACCCCCUACUAGCAGCUGCACCAACACCCCCC